GCCGCAGGCUAGGGUGGAAACUCGCGGCACGUCAAGCACGUCUAGCUCGGUGUACCUGUCCAGAGAUACCGCGGUGUCUCAAUUUCCCGGGAAUACAUUGCAACAGUAGAGAUAGCAGGGCGUUUGUCCCGAGGCUGCCAGUGGGAACAGCUGAAGCCCAAAGUAACAGGGCUUCUGUCUUCUUUGCAGAGCCAUGGGCAGCAAGAAGAAGGAAAUCGCCCUGCAGGUUGACAUCAGUACCCAGGAGCUUUGGGAGGAAAUGCUGAGUUCCAAAGGAUUAACUGUUGUCGACGUCUACCAAGCGUGGUGUGGCCCCUGCAAACCUGUGGUGAGCCUCUUCCAGAAGAUGAGGAUCCAGGUUGGCCUGGACCUUCUGCACUUUGCAUUAGCAGAAGCAGACUGUCUUGAUGCCCUUGAAAAGUACCGAGGGAGGUGUGAGCCGACCUUUCUGUUUUAUGCAGGCGGAGCACUGGUGGCAGUGGUUAGAGGAGCAAAUGCCCCGCUUCUGCAGAAAACCAUUCUGGAGCAGCUGGAGGCUGAAAAGAAGGUGCUGGCUGAAGGCGGCGAACGGAAAGUGAUUAGAGAUGAGGCUCUGUCUGAUGAAGAUGGAUGCUUCUCGCAUGACAAGGCGAGUAGUGAAGAUGAGGACGUGGCAGCAUCAGGGAAGACCUGCACCUUGGCCAUCAUUAAACCAGAUGCAGUGGUCCACGGGAAGACUGAUGAGAUUAUUAUGAAGAUCCAGGAAGCCGGUUUUGACAUACUAAUAAAUGAAGAGAGAACCAUGGCGGAGGCAGAAUUGCGACUUUUCUAUCAACACAAAGCUGGGGAGGAGGCAUUUGAAAAGCUGGUGCACCACAUGUGCAGUGGACCAAGCCACCUCCUGAUCCUCACCAAGACCGAGGGCAAUGAGGAUGUGAUCACUGCCUGGCGAAUGCUUAUGGGGCCGUGUGACCCUGAUGUGGCAAGGAGGGAGCAGCCUGACAGUCUCCGCGCUCAGUAUGGCACAGAAAUGCCCUUUAACGCAGUCCACGGAAGCCAGGACAGAGACGAGGCCAAAAGAGAACUGGCAUUGCUCUUCCCCACUUUUAAGUUUUCGGAUGAAGUUCUAGAAGCCUCUCUGGGCCAUGAGGCUGAAGGAGUGAUGGGCCCCACGGAGGAGCUUUGCUUCCCUGAGGACAUGGACUGAGACGGCCGUGUGGCAUGUGACCAGGGCAAGGCUACGAGGUCACGAGAUGGACUAUCCAUGCGCUCCAGUCAGCGGCACAGAAAGAAACCUCCAGAACUGGAAACUAACUCUUUUCAGCACCAAUACUUUCUUGGUUUAGCUAGCUAUCAGGAACAAUAAACAGAGUACACAUACUUUCCUGCCUUACUAAAUAGUAUAUAGGACAUAGACUUUUUUCCUACCUCUGGGACUUUAUAAAAUAAAUGGACAUCAGUUAUUGUAUCCUGGUGUGACGUGGUAUCCUCUCAGGGGUAGAGUUACAUAGGACAGUGUUUCCCCAGUAAUAAAUCGACUUUAUAGAUUCAA